AUGGCUCUCACAACGCCUCCCCGCAAUGUUCAUCCCGGAGACUUGCUCCUGGUAGUUCAUGAUUUUGAGGCUCGUGGGCCGGACGAGCUCACCUUGCGCCGCGGGGAGAAAAUUGAGCUAGUCGAGUUAGAUGAUGGUUUUGGUGAUGGAUGGUAUCUCGGAAAGGAUUUAAACACGGGGACACAGGGUCUCUUCCCUGGAGUAUAUACUACCGUUGCCCCGAGGAUUCCCAUCCGACCGCAGAAAGAUACUCUUGAAUCAACUACGUUGAAGACCGACAUCCAUAAUGUGAUGGGACAGGAUCUAGUGGCUUCACCCAUUAGUGGCGAAUCUACCCCCCAAGCGUCUCGCCGUGCCAGCACGUCGGAUAUGAGCGUGCCAGAUACAGACAAUAUCGUAAUCGCCCCGACACCCUCCCCAACACAGCAGCAGAGGUCCAGCUCCUCGCCAUUACCGACCUCCAAAAUGGCUAUCGAUAUCCAGAAGACCAUCCGACAAUCCAUUGAUGGUCAUUUGAAUGGCCAGGACAGCCCGGUGAUGAACGAGACUCUGAGUGUCAUUGAUGAGCAUAUCACCGACCUCAGCACUCCUCGCCACAGUGUAACCGCCUCUCAAGAUUCGAAGACGGUGAACGACUCCGCAAGCGAAUACAGCAGCACGUUCGAGCACCGAAUGUCUUACAUCAACGGGCAUGAAACCGAUGAAGAGGAAGAAAGACAACCCACGGAAGAAGAAGUCCGCCGAUGGAACCAUACCGAGACGACGAAACAUCUACGCCAACUGGGAAUUGAAGCUAAACACUGUGACAUUUUUGAUGAACAGGAGAUCACUGGUGAUGUAAUUCUGGACAUGAACCAGGAUUUCCUCUUCAUGAAAGAAUUCGAUUUUGGGGUGAUGGGUCGGAGACUGAAGACAUGGCACAAAAUCAAAGCGUUCCAGGAAGAAGUAAAAGGCAUCCAGCAACAGCAGUCGUCCCGCGGCUCAUCCUUCGCUACCCCUCAGGAUGAACGAGCUCCUAGUCGCGCAGGUCACACUGGCCCUCUCUUUCCCAGGAUACCCACUCUGAGAGGAUCAACCAGCUCCACCCAACACCCACGGCUCAUCAGUAGCACUAUGCAGACGAGCACGGGAUCCCCCUUGACGCCACAGGCUCCAGGAUGGAUGGACCACUCGAGGAGACCGUCGGCUGCGUCAGUUCGUGAGAUCAAUCAUUCGCGGCGUCAUUCUUCGAUCGAUGCAACCAAUCGGUACUCGGGCGUGGGCGAUUCCUCUCCUGCCGGCCAUCAUAAGAAGGGCUCGUUUGAUCGAGGUUGGACCCUACAUAGUUCUUCGGGUUCUCAACGACGUCCGGGAACGGCGAUCGGAGCACCAAGCGAAACUCCUCCGCUCCAUGCUAUAUUUCAUGGGGCGGAGCCAAAUGGAUCGGACGCGGCUACUGUGGUUAGCGAUGAUUUAGAUCGGGGCUACUUCUCGGGCCCGGAGGGAGAUAUUCGGAAGAACCGGCGCGUCCUACAGAAGCGAAGCUCUGCCCACGGCAGUAUCUCUACGCCCUCUAGCAUCCCUGACGAGCAGUUCAAGCUCAAAGUCAGCAAACGCCACUCGCGCAUCAAUAGUGCUGAUUCCAUCAGGGAUGCAGUCCUAACUACACCUCCUGCAGUGAAGGCUUCCCCACCCAAGGGUCGUUUUAGGAGCUUGAGCACACGGGCCACGGAUCGACACUGCCAGCGGUCAUCCAACCCGGCAUCUGUGGAGGAGAAGUCUACUAGUUCGGGGUUCUUUGCCGCGUUUUCGCUGGGUGGGAAACAUGACCAGGAGUCGUCCCACCGCUCGAGCCCUUUGCCGCUUCAGGGCAUCAAGAAUGCCGGGCCCAAGUUCCGACGGGCUGUCGGUCUCCGUGCCAUGUCCGAGGCCGUUAAAGGUAUCGAUACAUCCGUCGCUCCCCCUUCUCCUAGCAAGGAAGCCGAGUCGCCCUCCGCCAGAACCGGGUCGACAACACCCUCGACUACAAAGAGCUCGGAACGACAUAGCACGGAUGGUUCGGGAAAAGCUGUAGAAAGCGGUGCUCCCUUGCCACGCGCGCGCACCCGUAGGUCCGGGACCAAGUCGAAGAAGGAUACAAGCGCUUACACUCGCGGGCUGGAGAAGAAGUCCCCGAAGGAGCAGAUGCAAGGCUGCGAUUAUUCGGGAUGGAUGAAGAAAAAGUCUUCGAACUUGAUGACGACGUGGAAGCCUCGUCUCUUUGUCUUGCGCGGCCGCCGUCUCUCGUAUUACUACUCGGAGAAUGAUACCGAGGAACGUGGUCUAAUCGACAUUACCGCUCACCGUGUGCUCCGCGCGGACAACGACCCAAUCGUCGCCCUGCAUGCUACACUCACUGGCUCCACGGCUUCUCCGACUUCUCCGUCUGGAUCUAAUAUCGAUGGCCCUUCCUCCGAUAAAGCCUCGGGCUCUGAAUCUUCUCUCCGCGGUUCUAAGGCUGGGGGAGAUGGCCCCUUUUUCUACAAACUCGUACCGCCAAAAUCCGGUACUUCUCGCACGGUGCAGUUUACAAAGCCUGCCAUCCAUUAUUUCCAGGUCGAUAGUGUGCAGGAAGGUCGCUUGUGGAUGGCCGCAUUGAUGAAGGCUACCAUUGAACGGGAUAUGGAGCUCCCCGUGGAGACUACGAAUAAACAGAAGACCAUUAGUCUUAAGGAAGCUCGUCUGAUGAACCAGCGGCCCCCGGCGCUAAUGGCAACUCCUGCCACCCAGGGAACCGAGGUGAAAGACGAACAUCCGACAACCACGGCAGAAGAGGGAAGUGGCUUGAUGAUCCAAGGUCUUGGGAAUGACCAAGUGCCAGCCCACCGGCAUGACGGCAAGGAGGAUCGACCACCGAGCCCUCUCGACGGCCUUGAUGUUGGACCGCUCCCUUUGUUUCCUGAAUCUGUUGCGAAAAUCGAUUGA